GCGCGGCAGCCCUCAGAAGCGCUCGUGACCCCGAAGGGAGAACAUCGCGGCCUAGCUGUGUGGUGUCUUUGAGGCCGGCAGGAUGUUCGAGGCGCGGCUGGUGCAGGGUUCGCUGCUGAAGAAGGUGCUGGAGGCGCUGAAGGACCUGAUCACCGAGGCCUGCUGGGACCUGGGCUCCGGCGGCAUCAGCCUCCAGAGCAUGGACUCCUCCCACGUCUCCCUCGUCCAGCUCACCAUGCGCUCCGAGGGCUUCGACACCUACCGCUGCGACCGCAACAUCGCCAUGGGAGUCAACCUGGGGAGCAUGUCCAAAGUUCUCAAAUGUGCGGGGAAUGAUGACAUCAUCACACUGCGAGCGGAAGACAAUGCGGACACACUCGUUUUGGUCUUUGAGACACCAAAUCAAGAAAAGGUCUCUGACUAUGAGAUGAAAUUGAUGGACUUGGAUGUCGAACAGCUUGGCAUUCCGGAGCAAGAGUACAGCUGUGUGGUGAAGAUGCCUUCAGCUGAAUUCGCACGUAUUUGCCGGGACUUGAGCCACAUCGGAGACGCGGUGGUCAUCUCCUGUGCGAAGGACGGCGUCAAGUUCUCUGCCACUGGGGAACUUGGGAGCGGGAACAUCAAGCUCUCCCAGACCAGUGAUGUCGACAAGGAGGACGAAGCCGUGUCAAUAGAGAUGAACGAGGCUGUGCAGCUGACGUUUGCUCUGCGCUACCUGAACUUCUUCACCAAGGCCACCCCGCUCUCGCCCACCGUCACCCUCAGCAUGUCUGCUGACGUCCCCCUCGUUGUGGAAUACAAGAUCGCAGACAUGGGACACUUGAAAUACUACUUGGCUCCAAAGAUUGAGGAUCAAGAAGAGUCUUAAUCAAGAAAGAGGCGGUUUUUGGGAGGAAAAACAGAGUGGUUUGGUGAAAGGAAAGGUCUCCCUGCACUUAGGACCAUUUGUAGAUAUUUCUCUGUAAAUACAUUCGUUUGUGCAAAUAAUAGUCUCUUCUCCCCCCCCCCCCCCUUUCACUUUUAGGCCCUGUUUGUUCUUGAUUACUGAAACAUUGACUCCCUUAAAGGGAAAGUACAGUAUUUAAAAAGAUGGGGUGCCCCCCCUUUUUUUUUGGUCAGAAGAGUCAUAAUAAUGUUUGGAGAAACCUACUUUUUUACGUAGAAAUCUUUCAAAAAAACCUAACGCUUGUCAAUAAAGAAUUACUGAGUUUUCUUA